AUGUCCGACUCAAAGCCCGUCUCCUCGGCGGAGGACAAGGAACUGGGCGUCCACCAGCACGCCGACGCUGCUUCUCCGAAUGCCGCCCAUCCCGAAGAUAUUGCGGCCGAGGCAAAGCAGGCCGCCGACUCGGAGCACCAAAUGACCCUCCUGGAGGCCAUCAAGACCUACCCCAAGGCCAUCGCCUGGUCCGUCCUCCUCUCGUCGACUCUCAUCAUGGAAGGAUACGACCUCGCCCUGCUCUCCAACCUCUACUCCUCGCAGUACUUCAACCAAAAGUACGGAGCGUACAGCGAGGCCCAGGGCAAGUAUGUUCUCUCCGCCGCAUGGCAGUCCGGGCUGUCAAACGGUGCGCGUGGUGGAGAAAUCAUCGGUCUUAUCCUCGCCGGUUGGACCGCCGAUCGGUACGGGUACAAGAUGACCACCAUCGGGUUCCUGGUGUUGAUGAUUGCCUUCAUUUUCGUGCUGUUCUUUGCGCCGAACGUGAAGAUCUUGGUGCUGGGAGAGGUCCUUUGUGGAAUCCCAUGGGGCGCCUUCCAGAGCGUGACUCCCGCAUACGCCUCCGAGGUCGCUCCCGUCGUCCUGAGACCCUACCUCACGACGUUCAUCAACAUGUGCUGGGUAAUUGGUCAAUUCUUUGCUGCUGCAGUCAACAAGGGCUCCUUCCAACAUGCCAACGAAUGGGCGUACCGCAUCCCCUUCGCAGUACAAUGGGUCUGGCCCGUCCCGAUCCUCAUCGGCGUCUGCUUCGCCCCUGAAUCCCCCUGGUGGUACGUCCGCCACAACAACAAGCCCGCCGCCAGAGCGUCCCUCCUCCGCCUCACCUCCCGCAACCAGCCCAACUUCAACCCGGACGAGACCAUCGCCAUGAUCGAGCACACCAACGAGAUGGAGAAGCGCGUCAAGGAGGGCGUCACCUACGCCGACUGCUUCCGCGGCACCGACCUGCGCCGCACCGAGAUCGUCAUCGGCAUCUGGCUCGUCCAGACCCUCGGCGGCCAGAACCUCAUGGGCUACUUCUCCUACUUCCUCGUCCAGGCCGGCAUGGACGCCAACAACUCCUUCUCCCUCUCCAUGGGCCAGUACGCCCUCGGCAUGGUCGGCACCGCCGGCUCCUGGUACCUCAUGCACAAGCUCGGCCGCCGGACGAUCCACUUCUCCGGCCUCUGCGCGCAGUUCACCCUGCUCCUCAUCGUCGGCUGUCUCUCCUUCUCCGGCGCCAACGCCGCCGUCUGGGCCAUCGCUGCCAUGCUCAUCAUCUUCACCUUCGUCUACGACUUCACCGUCGGGCCCGUCACCUACUCCCUCAUCUCCGAGCUGUCCUCCACCCGCCUCAAGGCCAAGACCAUCGUCAUGGCCCGCGCCGGCUACAACGCCAGCAACAUCUUCGUGAACGUCAUGACAAACUACCAGCUCUCGUCCACCGCGUGGGACUGGGGCGCCCGCACCGCCUUCUUCUGGGCGGGCACAUGCCUGCUGUCUUCCGUCUGGGUCUACUUCCGCGUCCCCGAGCCCAAGGGCCGCACGUACGCCGAGCUGGACCUGCUCUUCGAGCACGGCGUCUCGGCGAGGAAGUUUGCAAGCACAAAGAUCGACCCGUACUCGCGGGAGCUCAGCAGCGAGAAGAAGCUCGUCGAGGAGCACUGA